AUGUCCUCCUUGCACCCCGAUACUGCGCACGCCGCGGCGGUCAUGCCUCUUCCUCAUCGUCGCGAUUCUACCUCCGCGAAAAACAAGCCACCAGUCUGGGCGGUCGACAGCACGAUCGCACCCACCGUACCAGCACCUCUCACCGCCAAGUGCUCGCGACACGAGACUGGACGGGAAGGUGUUUGCUGCAAGGAGCUCAGGGGAGACGAUGAACGGACGUUGGUCGACCCGGAUGUGGUCCGAGAUGUUGUCAUCGGGCUCUCCGACGGCUUGACAGUUCCCUUUGCGCUCACAGCGGGUCUCUCUUCGCUCGGCGAAUCGAAACUGGUCGUGCUUGGCGGUAUCGCCGAACUUAUCGCCGGUGCCCUCUCCAUGGGCAUUGGCGGCUUCCUCGCGUCGCAAGCCGAGCGCGAUCACUAUCGGUACCUGCGCCGCACGACCGCCGCGCGGGUCCUGCGCUCGUGUGACGGCGAGAUGGAACGCGAGGUGCACGCCGUACUGGGCCGCGUGGGCGUCGACGAGAAGGUCUCGCGCCAGGUCACACGCAGCUUGCUCGAGGCGGAGAUGAACGGGGGCGGGAGCGAAGUGGGUUCACAUCACAACCACGCGUCGAGCUCGGUUGGGAGUGUGAGCGAUGAGGAGGAGGCGGGGCUGCGGUGGAGUCAGGACGUGGGUGUCACGCCGUUCUUGCUCAAGUUCGGUGAAGGGCUCGAGGAAGUUCCGACGAAGCGCUUGUAUCUCUCCGCGUUCACGAUUGGGAUGGGAUACUUCCUUGGUGGGCUGAUCCCGCUCUUGCCGUACUUCUUCAUCGAGCGCGCGCACGUCGCGCUCAUCUACUCGUGUCUGUUCACGGGCAUCAUACUGCUCGUGUUUGGAGCCGUGAAGGCGCGCAUCACGGGUGCAGGACAAGGUGUCGGCGGGUAUGUCUGGGGCGCGGUGAGCACGCUGUUGGUCGGUGGCGCGGCCGCUGCGGCUGCAUAUGGGAUCGUCGCGUUGAUGGAGAAAUAA